AUGGCUCAAUCGACUGCCCCCGAAGAUGCCGUUGGCGUUGACUCGUCUCUAUCACCCACGACUUCCAAUAAAUCGAAUUCAGAGGCCUCAAAAGCUAGCAAGAUGUUGACUAACUUCACGCGGUCCAGACCCCCGGUGGGAAUGUUCCACGCCGUUGGAUCAGUGGCAUCAAAUAUCCCAACCCUUCAGGAUAUCCAGAAAGGGAACUUCGAAUCCGACGGCUGGUCCGGCCCCGGACAAAGAAGAAACAGCAAUGCCCACCGCGACUCAGACCACCACGUCCUCCGCUUCCACCGUCACAAAACCUUCCGGGACCUCCCACCCAUCACCGCAGAACCCCCCGUGGUCCUCCCGGAGAAGAAAGUCCCAGAGAAGAAAGAGUCCGAGGGUGUUGGCGUCGAAAGCAUCUCGACUCCAACGUCCGAAGGAAAAACCAUCACUGUACCUCACGACCCCUCCAUCCCCUACGCAAAUGGCUACCAAUUCCCGCCCAAACACACCAAGCGGCAAGCAGCCCGCAUCGCCCUCAUCGGCUUCGGGCGCUUUGUCAUCACCCCCAUGGGAUUCCUGCUCACGAUCUACGCCCUCAACAUCGUCGCUUGGGGCGCCAUGCUCUUCCUCAUCAUCAUCCACGCGACCCCGGCCAUGGCGCACCCGAGCUGGGACUCGUGGGACAGCGGCGCCAAGACCUGGACCGAGAUCAACUCGCAGAUUCUGAAUGCUCUGUUCUGCGUUACGAGCAUAGGCCUGAUCCCAUGGCGGUUUAGGGACCUGUGGUUCUUGCUCAUGUGGCGGUGUCGGGGGGAUGAGGGAGCCUUGAGGAGGUUGGCCGGUAUCCACAGGGACUGGUUUAGGUUGCAAGGAAGCCAGAAAGUGCCGGUUGAAUGGGAGCCGAAGACGGAUGCUCCUCCCGACGGUAUACCUGAGUCUGCGCUAUGUCUCCCUGUUGCCCUCUCCCCGGACCCACCGCUUACGGGCGAGCGCGCGCCGCCGACGGCCAAAUACUGGCUACUGGAUCUCGUGAUCUGGGCUUUUGUGUGGAAUACGCUCUUUCAGAUAGUGCUGAAUGGCCUGAUGUGGGGGAUGAGUAAGUAUAACCGCCCGGGUUGGGCCGUAGGCUUGUUUAUGAGCCUGGCCUGUAUUGUUUCUGGUGCAGGCGGUUGGGUCAUCUUUCAAGAAGGGAACAAAGUGAAGAAGGUCGAGGGCGUACCGGUUAGUGAGGAGGAUCAGAAGUUACUCAGGGAGAUGAGGGAGAAGGAAAAGGGAGAGGCCUCUGUUUAA